AGAAAGGCCGACAUUGCCGUUUCAUCCUGCACCCGUACACAAGAUGGUGUCGUCGCCAUGGCGAGACGCGUACGUGGCCGCCCGGCGUCUCUCGUCGUGCGUCGCGGCCUUGGUGGUGCUUUACAUCGAAGUGACGGGCUCGAUAGCGACGAGGACGGCACUGUACGGUGCCGCCGCGCCCGCAGAGCUCAGCAACGUGUACUACAGCCCUCUCAUCGGUCCGUUCUUGCGUCGCGUGGCUGCCAAUGCGAGCUACUUGGCAGCGCUCGCGCCGACACCGCACCUCAAUGUGCUCUACAUUGAUCAAACCGAGCCAUCGGAGACCUUGACCGUGUCAAGAACGUCCUGCGGAAAUUACUUUCCGAGCGACGCCAUGUACAAUCAAAGCUACGUGGCACCGCUCUUGCACCAGCUCCUCGAUGCGCAGCGGUCGUGGCACGCGGUCGACCUUGCCGACCACGUCGUCGUCGUCGACUGCGCGUACACGGGACGGCUGCUCAACGACACGACAGCGCUCAAAUUGCACUUGAUCGACUUGACGCAGACCAACGUGACGACGGUCUUUCUCCAAACCAUGCUGCUGACGCGACCGGCCAAGUGCAUGACGCUCAGCGGCGGCCUUGCCAACGUCGUGACGUCGCCCAUCCACGGCGUGGCGGCGCCGGCGACGUACUUCCACCUCCUCGGAAUCGAGUUCCCGUUUGUGUUGGCUCCCUUUGAGCGCAUCGCGCUGCAGGACCCGAGCGAGACGCAGUGGCACGCGACGGUGCAUAGCUCGGGCGAGCGCGUCAUCUUGUCGGGCACGGACGGAGUGUACCGCGAGUCGCCGGCGAUCCAAGGCAACUACGACUUCUACCACUGGGCGCUCCCAGACGACCCCCAGCGCUUUCUGGAAGAGAUCGCUUACAUUGCAGAGCCAUUUGCAGUCGACAGCUACGCGUGGGUGCGCUGCCUCCUCGGGUUGGGCGUCGCCUUCAACCUCGGCGCCAACUGCGCCGUCGCGCUCCUCGUUGUCGGGCACUCGUGGCUCUCGCGCCGCGAGGUGUGGAUACCGGAUCUGUACCCCAGCAUCCAGCGGCGCAUCCAGCUGCGGUCGCUGCUGCUGCUUGGCGCGACGAUCGCGACCAACUACUGGCACAUUUUCGAGUACUGUCUCCAGAACGGCAACGCGCGCCAAGGCAUCAACCAAGGGUUUCUGCUGCACGACAUGGUGCGCUCGGACGGGCUCACGUACCUCCUCGCGCUGGCGCUGACCCUCGCGGACGUGCUCCAAACGCGCCUCUGCCUCGACGUCGUCGUCCUUCUGUACGUGGUCUGCGUGCACCAGCGACUGUCCCUUGUCACGUUCCUGCAGUGGCGCAUGGACGAAACCAAUGCUUUUCUGGACGCCAACUACGUCGACUGCAUCGUGUCCGAACCUGGCGCGGCCAUGACGCUGUGGAUGUACCACCGCAAUACCGAGACACCUAGCUAUCUCCUCGCGACCGAGCUCUCGUGGUAUGUCGUCGCCCUUGGCCUCACGCUGCUCUACGGCGUCGCACUGGACAAGCCACUUCGCCGGCGGCUUUGGCGGCGACAACCCGUGCGCAUCGCGGCCGGGAUCGCCAACAGCGAAGAGCGCUCGCCGCGGCCCGCGCACCAACGCUGGUCGCGCCAGUCGUCGCUCUACACUUGCUCGAACGACGCCGACGCGAAGGACGGGAGCUCCCUGUUCGAGCGCAGUACGAUGCAUGCGCUGGCCCAGACGUACGGCCUCGUCGCACCCCUCGACGAGUACAAGCUCUGCGGCGGCACACGCAAGGUGUCGCCGUCCGCGAUCUGGCUCCUCGGCUACAUCAUCCUGAAGGACGAGUUUGUGGUCGAACUCCGCGACUAUGUUCGGAUUUGGGCCAACCUUCUCUUGCCGUCGCGCGUCUUCCGCGUCUACUGCUUUCGGAUCCAAGAGGGUGACACGACAAGCAUUCACAAGGAGCCCCUUCCGAUGCAAGGCCUUCGCGCGCGAGACCUGCUGUGCCACAUUUCGCUACGCCCUCUGCGCUAA